GCGAGCUUCCGGUUUGGGUGACUGUGCCGGCGCAGCGCAUGCGCAUUGACCCGGUGGCCAUUCUUUUCUGCGCCUUUUCCAGCCGGGCCUGCCGCGUGUGUGUGUUGCCAGAGGAUCGUGUGACACGCAAAAGACGACAAGAUGUCGCGUUUCUUCGCCACCGGCUCAGACAGCGAGUCGGAAUCAUCGGUUUCUGGAGAUGAGAUCCUCCCUAAGCCAGUCGGAGGCACCUAUGGCAAGCAGCCGAUGCUUCUCAGUGACGAUGAGGAGGACACCAAGCGCGUGGUCCGCAGUGCCAAGGAUAAAAGAUUCGAGGAGCUGACCAACUUCAUUAAGACCAUCCGGAACGCCAUGAAGAUCCGAGACGUCACCAAAUGCCUGGAGGAGUUCGAGCAGCUGGGCAAAGCCUACGUCAAGGCCAAGAACAUCGUGGACAAGGAGGGGGUUCCCCGAUUCUACAUCCGCCUCCUGUCCGACCUGGAGGACUACUUGAAUGAGCUCUGGGAGGACAAAGAGGGCAAGAAGAAGAUGAACAAGAAUAACGCCAAAGCACUGAGUACCCUCCGGCAGAAGCUGCGCAAGUACAACCGCGACUUCGAAGGGGCGAUCAGCGCGUACAAGCAGAAUCCGGAAGAGUCGGCCGAUGAAGACCGAGAGAGGGACGACGACGACUCGGACGCUUCGUCUUCCAGCGACGACGAAAAGGAUGAAGGCAUGAGCGCCAGCAAGUUCCUGAAGAAGGUCGAGUCGGCCCCGGCGGACUCCCGGAACAAGUUCCUGAAGAAAGCAGAGGAGUUGGAUGAUGAUGACGAGGAAUCCUCUGAUGAUGAAGAUUGGGGCUCAGACUCUGAAGACUCCGACUCCGAGUCUGAUGAUAACGAGGGAAAGCACACCUCCCUGGCCUACAAGUUCCUUAAAAAGGCGGCCCCCGACGGAGUCCAGACCACCGAGAAGAAGAGCGACGAGAAAGCCAAGAAGAAGCAGCAUCGGAAAGAAAAGAAGAGAGACGACGAGGGAGAAGGAGAGGAAGACGAGAACGAUGGCGCCGGAGAGUGGGAGAAGGUUAAGGGAGGCGCUCCCAUGGUUAAGGAAAAACCCAAGAUGUUCGCUAAAGGCACGGAGAUCACCCCGGCCAUCGUCGUCAAGAAACUCAACGAAAUCCUCCAGGCCAGAGGAAAGAAGGGCACAGACAGGGCGGCCCAAAUCGAUCUUCUUCACCUGUUGGUUGGAAUCGCAGAGGAGCACAACCUCGGACAGGGCAUAAGCGUCAAGAUAAAGUUCAACAUCGUGGCGUCUCUGUACGAUUAUAAUCCCAACCUGGCCGCGUACAUGAAGGCGGAUAUGUGGAAGAAAUGCUUGGAUUGUAUCCACGAUCUCCUGGACAUCCUGUUUGCCAAUCCCAACAUGUUCAUCGGGGAGAAUAUUGCCGAGGACUCUGAAAACCUUGUGAACUCGGACCAGCCCAUCCGCGUGCGCGGCUGCAUCCUCACGCUGGUCGAAAGAAUGGACGAGGAGUUCACCAAAAUCAUGCAGAACACAGACCCGCACUCCCAAGAGUACGUGGAUAACCUGAAGGACGAGGCUCGCGUGUGCGAGGUGAUCGAGCGCCUGCAGAAGUACCUACAGGAGAAAGGCAGCACGGAGGAGAUCUGCAGGGUGUACCUGCGCAGGAUCAUGCACACCUACUACAAGUUCGAUUACAAAGCCCACCAACGGCAGCUCAGCACAGAGCAGGAGUCCAAGUCGGAGCAGGACCAGGCGGAGAACGAAGCAGAAGACAGCGCUGUUUUGAUGGACAGAUUGUGCAAAUAUAUCUACGCCAAGGACCGAACGGACCGCAUUCGCACCUGCGCGAUCCUCUGCCACAUCUACCACCACGCUCUUCACAACCGCUGGUUCCAAGCCCGGGACCUCAUGCUCAUGUCCCACCUGCAGGACAACAUCCAACACGCGGACCCCCCAGUACAGAUUUUGUAUAACAGAACCAUGGUGCAGCUGGGCAUCUGCGCUUUCCGCCAGGGCAUGAUCCGCGAUGCCCACAACGCGCUGCUCGACAUCCAGUCCAGCGGCCGAGCCAAGGAGCUUCUGGGCCAGGGGUUAUUAAUGAGGACCAUGCAGGAGAGGAACCAGGAGCAGGAGAAGAUAGAGAAGCGGCGACAGAUCCCAUUCCACAUGCACAUCAACCUGGAGCUGCUCGAAUGCGUGUACCUCGUGUCCGCCAUGCUGCUGGAGAUCCCGUACAUGGCUGCGCAUGAAUUCGAUGCCCGCAGGAGGAUGAUCAGCAAGCAGUUCCACCACCAGCUCCGCGUAGGAGAAAGGCAGCCAUUGCUAGGUCCCCCGGAGAGCAUGAGGGAGCACGUGGUGGCCGCCUCGAAGGCCAUGAAGAUGGGCGACUGGAAGACGUGCAAGAACUUCAUCAUCAACGAGAAGAUGAACGGGAAAGUGUGGGACCUGUUCCCGGAGGCCGACCGAGUGCGUAACAUGCUCAUCAGGAAGAUCCAGGAGGAGUCUCUGCGCACGUACCUGUUCACAUACAGCAGCGUCUACGACUCCAUCAGGAUGGGUAUUUUGGCCGACAUGUUCCAGCUGGAUAUUCCCAUGGUGCACAGCAUCAUCAGCAAGAUGAUUAUUAGCGAGGAGCUCAUGGCGUCCCUGGAUCAGCCGACCCAGACGGUGGUGAUGCACGGCACCGAGCCCAGCUCCCUUCAGAAUACCGCGCUGCAGUUGGCCGAGAAGCUGGGAAAUCUGGUGGAAAACAACGAGAGGAUAUUCGACCAUAAGCAAGGCAGCUAUGGCGGAUACUUUAACCGAGAUCAAAAAGACUCGUACCAGAGGAAAGAAGGUGGCGGCGGCGGCGGGUACAUGAGGCGAGGGUACCGACGCGACCAGCAGAACCAGAGCAACUACUGAGCGCCGCUCCUGUCCUGUUACUUCUCAGACACAAUUUGCAGCCAUUUGUUCCGGAAAAUCUUUUAAUUAAUAAACUUCUAUCCCAGCGACUUCCAGAA